AUGUGCGUCGCAGCGGCAGGAGGCUACCGGAUCGGGACCGUCCGCUGCGACAAAGGAGGCGAGAACAGCGGAUCCGAAUUUCGAGACUACUGCAAGAAUUCAGCUAUCAAGCUCGAAUACGCCGCCACAAACACCCCUGAAUAUAUUGGUGUAUCGGAACGGGACGGACAAUCCCUGGCCGGAGUCACCCAGUGUCUUCUGAAGGAUGGAGACUUUCCGCCGUCCGUGUGGGGGGAGUUAAUGCUGACUGCAGCAAACCUGUUGAACAUUUCCCCACACUCAGCACUGGGGGGAGCUACGCCUUACUCGAAGUUGCACAAUAUGUCACCUGAUCUCUCGGGACUUCGGGUCAUUGGAGCGCGCGCCUUCGUACACCACGAGCGAUACCGAAAGAAGCUGGACGACAGAGCUUUCGAAGGCAAGCUAUGUGGUUUCGGCCUCGACAAAGCUACCGGGUAUUCAAUCCAUCCAACGAGGCCGUGGUCGACAGCCGGAAUGUGA